AUGACAGUAGCUACAAGUGACAUACAAUUGCCUAAACUACCAGAUAGUCAGUAUGCUCCAACCAAUGAUUUAACAACUUUCGUUGAUGCCGGUAUAAUUCAUCCUGAUCAAUUUACAAGAAAGAAUUUAAGGGCAAUUAUCCAUAUAAUAACCCAAGAUUUAAAGAAGAGAGGUACUAAAACAUCAUAUAUAUUCUUACCAUUCAGAUCAAAAGUGAAUGAUUAUAAAUUAGAAGAAGCUUUAACUAUAUUAUUUCCAAAAGGUCAACUUAUAAAUUGUGAAGAUAAUGAUGCUUAUGUUGAAUCACUUUUAUCAAAUUUUAAUGAAUUUACUUUGGUAUCAAUUUUGAAAUAUAUUUGGUCUCGAUUACCCAAUAAUGAAAUUAUAGGUUGGGAUGUCUAUUUAGAAUUUAAACGUCGUGAAAAGGAACAAGGAUAUCCUAAGAAAGCAUUUUUAACAAUCAUGCCUAAAUGUUUAUCUUCACCAGCCCAUGCAUCUAUAGUAUAUGAUUUCCUUGAUUUAUUAUUAGGUAUAAUAUCAAAUUCUCAAUAUAAUUAUCUAAGUGGAAGGAAAAUUAGUAAAAUGGCAAGUUUUUGGGCAUUUAAUCCUAUGAAAAGAUCCUUAACAAGUCAACAAGAAUUUGAUUUCAUCGAGGGAAUAGAAAUGUGGAGAAAUUCCACUAAUGCUUUAUUUCAUUUAGUUUUAUCAUUCUUAAGAUCAAUGUUACCUGAAAAUGACAUGGAAACAAUUAAAUUACCAAAAGCAUUACAAUCUCUUUUAGUUUCCAAUCAAUAUCCACCUAGUGAUGAAAAAGAAGCUUUAAGAGAUAUGAUUACUAUCCCUUGUGUAUCGUUAGAAACAACAAUCCCUUCUAAAGAUCCAUUUGAAUUGAUUGAAAAGGUCACCAAAAACUUAUCAUUUGAUAAAAAAGAUGCCUUCCUUUCAAUUGAGAAUUAUACGAUUUUAAAGAACAUAUUCUCAAAGAAAUCAACUAAAGAAAUCGUCGGAACUUUAACUGAUGAAUCCCAAAGAAUAAUAGGAAGACUUACUUCAAAACCUAUCCAAUCAAAUUAUAAUCUUUAUCCUGGUUGGUACGUGCCAUCAGAGGAAGAGGAAGAGGAAGAAGACUCGGACAAGCCCAUAGAUUCCAAAAUUACUAUUCGAGACGUAUCAAUCCAAGACUAUUAUAUUUGGACCUGGCUAGCUUCCUUAUCCAGUGAUCAACCAUCUAAAGCAAAACAAUUAUUCGGUAGAUCCUUAGUUGUAGAAGCUAACUUAUUAGGAUUUCAGAAGUGGAUAGUGAUAACUGAGAAAACCAUGCACAUUGAAGAAGACACCAAACUGAAAAUUCAUCAGAAACAUAUCACGAUGGACUACAAACGAGAUACAUUACCUCCUUUGCCUCCACCAGUACCAGUGGAAAAGGAUCAUCAGAAACCACCACCUCCACCCGUGGAAAAAGACAAUUUUAAAUCAAAUGUCUUGCCUCCAAUCCCUCAGGAAGACCAAAAUACUCCAAAUCUUACAAGUAGUCAUACGUUUGCUCCACCAAAGGUAUAUCAUUUUGAUGAUGACGAUGAGUUUUCUGAUCAAAGUUUCAGUGAUGAAUUUAGUUAUAUAUUUUCUUCCAAAUCAUUAUUAUCUAUUGAUCCAAAUGAGACGAAACUGAGUGAACCAAGUAAACCACUACCAGAAAUUGCACAAGAACAGGACGCACAUCAGGCCCCACUUGUUUCGUCAAGAGAUAUAAGCUCGGCAUAUAGAUUCCUUAAGUCCACCCCAGAAGUGAUACCAAAAACCAAGAAUCCAGUAGUUAGGAAAGCUCCACCAACUUUGUUGGAUCCAGAAGUAAUAAUGAAAGCAGAGCCUAAGAAGAGUAAUAUGGUUCAAGGAGGUAAUGAAAAGCGUGAUAGUGAUGAUAGUAUUAAUGCCUCAUAUGAAGCAUAUCAUGCAGCAGCAGAGAGACAAAAGAGUUCUAUUAAGGAUAAUGAUUAUUAUGGUACGGGUGAAAGAAUACUUCCAUCUCCAGAAAGUCAAAUUAGUGCCAGUUCACAAUUAUCUGAAGAAGUAAUUAAGAAACAACAAAAAACAGAAGAAAAACAAGUGGAUGAAGAACAGUUCAAGAAGGGUCAAAAGAAAGCACAAUUAGCUCAGAUUGCAGCUGCAACAGCUGCUGGAUUCCCAUUUGCAUUUUUGCCAUCUGACAAACCACCUCCACCACCUGAGAAAGCAGUGGAAACAGCUCGUGCAGUUUCUGAUAUGUUGAAGACAACCCCAUUUAUAAUUCAAGUUCCUGAAACAUCACUGAAGAAUAUAAUAGAAAGUACAAUUGAAAUGGAAUUGCCUCCAUCUCAGCAAUCUUCUGGUGAAAAUAGUGAUCUGACAAUAAUUCAAGAUUCAUCUAUAUCUGUAGCUGAUUCUCCAUCUCCACCACCUCCACCUCCACCAAAAGAUACAAGUAUGAUAACUACUCCAAAACGAUCUGCAAAGAGAUUAAUUGUUCCAGAAUUACCACCUCCAAAUUUGGAUUUAUCACCUCCACGAAUGGAUAUUGAAUCUAAUUCAAUGGGAUUUGUGGCUUCUCCAAUUCCAGAUACAAUUGCCGAAUUCCCUUCUGGUGCCAGAACUAGUCAUGGAUCAUCAUCAACGGACGAAAAAUCAUACAUUAGUUAUUCACCACCAAAAUCUCCUCAAAGAAGAAGUUAUUCUCCACGUUCUCCAUCUCCUCCAAUGUCACCCGAACAUCAUCGUCUUCAACAAGGUCAUAAGGUCCAAUCAUCACCAGAUGAGUCUCCAGAAUCGUAUACAACUGCUAAUUCUGGUUCUCCAGAAAAACUACUUCCAGCACCAAUGGGUGGACAAAUGAUUCCAAAGAGAAGAUCGGGUGUUCCAGCCGGGUAUUUCGGUCCCCAACAACUGCCAUUAUCACAGCAACAAUAUCAAUCCCACCCAGCCACACCACAGCAACAGCAUCAACAACAACAAGUUCCUCCACGUAGGCGUUAUUCAGGAGUUCCUCUGGGAUUUGUUUCACCACCAGUCCAACAACAACACCACCAACAACAACAGGGGGGAUAUUUGGGCCCAGCCACCCCACAUCCUAAAGCAAGUGUUCCAAUAGGAUAUUCUAUGAGUACACCUCCACAACCAGGAUAUAUGACCACUCCACCACUCCCCAGGGCAGCAUCUCCUAGCCGUGAUCAAAUCCAUUAUGUCUAUCCUCAUCAACAACCUGCCGGAUAUAGACCCAAUGGAUCCAAUAUGAAUGCAUUCCUGUUGGCAUAUAUGCAGCCACCUCCAGCUAUGAUGGGUCGUUCUGGAUCUCCGUUCAAGGCUGUUCCACAUCCGCAAUAUCCCCAACAACAACAGCAGCAGCAUCAGCAGCAUCCAUAUCAAUAUGGAAGUCCGAAGUAUAAUAGUGCAAGUUCGCCAUCAUUACGUGGUGGAGCUGGUGGGUUGAAGCUGCCGUCUAUGCAGAGAAGGAAUGUGAGUGGUGGAAAUGUGCAGAGAGUGGGAGGAAUGGGAGGAAUGGGAGGAGGUGGUGCAGAUAUGUAUAUGAUCCCUGUUGGUGGAAAACAUAAUAAGAAUACGAAUGUGAAUAAGGCUGAUUUGAGAAGUGCUUUUAUUUCUGGAAGUUUUGGGAUAUAA